GCCAGUGCAGAGAUUGGUACAACCUCCGUUGUUGCUGUAGUUGGGAAGAACACUACAACUCAAUCAACUACUUCUAGUUCUAGAGGAACAAGAGCUACAAGAGCAGUUGAUGAAGUUGAAGUUGAACAAGAAGAAGAGCGACAAGGAGAGUUCGAGUUUUCCGGAGAAGAGCACUACCAUGAUGCUGUGGAUUUCAAAACGGAUGGGCAAGUAGGAGAAGGACAAUUUCAGCGUCGAGAAGAUACAAAUGUUGGCGCAGGAGCUAGUAGCACUCCUUUUGCUCGCGCCGGCGCUUGCGGGGAGAUCACAACAAGUUCUUUGGAUGUAUUAAGGCAUGCCCCUCGCGUCACUCUGGAAAGAUUAUUCUUAAUAACAUCCUCCUUCACUCACAGAAGCAUCUGCAUCUACUGAGAUUCAUAUGGAAUCAAGAUUGUUGUACUUACAUUCUUUAGAUACUUGCGUUCUAGAUGAUGCUAGUACGUCGAAGUCUAAUCUCCUUUCCGACCCUGCGGGAAGCAGCUGAAAAGGCCAAGAGAUCCAAAGUUAAGGGCUGUCCCUUCUCUGUCAAACGAGAGAUGCACCAAAGGUGGAAUGUCAAGUGCAGAGUAGCUGCGCCGUCCCAGUCGCCCUCACCUCCUCCUGAUGUGCAGAGGGGUGGAGCCGCAGGCGAAACUACUCAGCAGAGCAGGAGGUCAGACGUCGAUGAGAGAAGUAGUACUCCAUUUGCUUCUCCUGAGUCCGUAGAAGACGGGGACGGCGACACUUCUAAAGAAAUAGCUGAAGAAACUGUUCUUGAACAUCAAGGAAAGAAGAACAAGAAGAGCACGACUUUUACCAUUCUUACGAAACAAGGUGCUAAGGCUAACAGCACGCGUAGCAGUGCCAAAGUCAUGAGUACUAAUGCUGUACCUGGGAGGGCGACUGGUAGUCGUAGUGUUGUAGAGCAAGAGCACUGCGACAGCAGCAGCACGCAUGAACAACAACUUCCAUUUCCUUUUGCUGAAGUACCCCGAUUUAGUAAAGUGAAGACACAUCACUCACAGGACGAUCACAAGGAGUUACCACCGCAUUGGAAAGAUUGGCAAUUGCACAGGCCUUUAAAAACUUCUAGAAGUCCUAGUCCCGAAGCAAAUGCAUCGAAAAGUGCUGAAUUCUUCGCUGGCGCUCACUCUAGACCACAGGCUCAGCGUGCUAGUGGGAGUGGAAGUCAUCUUAUGUAUGAUGGACAUGCUGGAACUGGAAAGAAAUGCUGCAUCGGCUUUGUAACUACAAGAUUUAGAAGAUUUCAAAGGAGAAGAAGAACAUUUUUACUCAACUAUAACAAAGAUAUUAGACGACGUCGUUCGCUCGAGGACGUUGAUUUUUUCUUCAAGAAUUUGUGACAGCCGAUGAAAUGAAUUAUACUCUCUAAUUAUGGCCCGCCGAAUAAAAGAGCGAACCUGCUCGAUGCGCUGUCCUUGGAACCAUUUGCACGCAGUUAAGGACGUUGAAAAAUUGCAAGAUGAUCAUGAUUUCUAUACUGAUUCACUCACAUGACUUUUCAGUCACUCGUUUCUCACUUCGUCCGCCGUCGCUCCCUCGCUCCCAGACACUUCCUCCAUAAAUAGUACGUAGUGCUGUGACGGGAUCUGCGCGGGUAUGAUAUUGUGAUUUCUAGGAUGGACCACAUUAUCAAGUACUGUUCUACUCUCCGUUACUUCCUCAAGGCUUUUUCUAAAUCGAAAUCCAACAUUCUCCCCAGAUGAGCGACGAGGAAAGGACGCCUCGAAUGCACGCAAGCACUAGCAAGAAGAACAGCAAUCAACAUGAUGAUGCUGAAGGUGAAGAUCUUCAUGCCAAAAGAGGACGCGGCGUUCGUAUCAGAAAUAAGCGUUUGCCGGGUCAAAGUCCUUCGGCCGCUUCCCCGCAUGAUCAAGAAGACGCUAGUCUUCAUGACGCCGCUUGUCAGCAAGAAAAGGGCCGUAGUUUAGUACCUCCGCAGCCGGCUCCUCAAGACUUUGCAACCUGGAGAGCCAGCAGCUCCUCCGCUUGCGUCGUUGAUGACUUCGACGUGCGCAUUCGGUUAUGGCUAACGAAGUACGUAGAUGAUCACUAGUACAACAACAACAAUCACUACCUAGUACAACAACGACAUCAAGUUGUAUCCAUCUUCUCAAGUUGUAUCCACCAUCUCCUUUAAAGUAGUGCAGUAGAUCUAGAGCAGUAGAAGUACUACUUAAGCAGGUCGACCGUCGUUUCAUUCGCAUCAUCUACACUGCUGGAUGAUUUCUAACAACAGAUUCUGCCUUUUCAACGGAUUGCUUCGCUCCCGCUACCGGAUUCGAAGAUUCUACAAAACAAGUCGAACAGGUCCAUCUACAUGAUGACUCUUGUCUAUCUGCCGAUCUGCUUCACGUGUUAAAUUUUGGGAGAGAUCGACAAGAAUCUACUUCUGUGCUUGAUGAAGCAAGUAGUACCGUUAUGCUAAGUGGAUCUGCAACUACCGUGGCCGCCUCCUCCAGGACUACAUCGGGGAAAGUACUAGCAUCAAAGGCAAAGGAAGGAGCUGCCUUGGCUUCAACCACGAGGACACAGGAAGCCGAUACGAGUUGGCGUCCUUCGUUGUGGAGAUCGUCUGACGCAGCGAAGAAAAUUGGAGCAAGAAGAUCUGCCUCUAAAGCCUCUGCUCCGUGUACUUUAUACACUAGCAGUUCUGCAAGCAGCUUAAGCUUAAUAUCGUGCUGGUUACAGUUACUUAUUUUAUAACACCAAGAGUUCUUCUAAAAUGUUGAAUUCUUCUACUCCUGCUAGUCGUGCAAGAGCCACAUCUUGAAGACGAAUGAAUGAGAGUAUCAAACCUCGACCAGAAAUCGCCCAUCCAUCCAACACCCAAAUGCCAGGUGGUCCUCCCGCAGCACGCUAUCUUUCACCGGAGAGCGAGCCUGGGCCCCCGUUCGGAGAUGGAAGCGUCCCUCAGAUUUUGCUACGUCGAAAUACCGCUUCUACAGCCAUUCCGGAAGGAAAUUCUUUGUUAGAGCAACCGUUGAUCCUAGAGCUCGUCUGACACUGUGACUUCGAUUUUUGACUUUCUUAUUCUUUGCAUUUCCAAACCUCGAUCAUCAUUCAAUGUUACUUACGUUCAAGGACGCGUGGGCAAAAGAACCAAAAUACUUACUCUCUAAAUAAAACACAAACCGCCCUUGAACCUCCGUUGCUCCUGCCACGUCGUCGCGAACCUCCUGGAUUGGAGCGUCAUCCUGUACAGGGUCCAUACUCCGCUCCUCCUCUGCCUCAACCACCGCUGUUUCCGCCAGUCUUGCCGCACACUGCAGAGGGCUUUUCGUACCCACCUGGAGAUUUCGGGAAUUGGACAGCACCUUCUGGACAACCUUUUUUUCCUGUGACGAGAGUAGGAAACUAUUUUCCACCGCCCCCGACGCCUCCUCCGGCUCAAUUUAAGGAAACACUUGCUGGUGUGAAAAACUCGUUUUGAUUUUCUACUUUUAGACUAUGUAGAUGGAUGAAGACUUUUGGACGUGGAACUGAUGGAAGCCACAUAUUCUGCACUUGAGUCAGAAAUACUAGUUUCUUGUCUUUCGAACACGAGAACAAAUUUGAGAACGUUUAUACUAGACGAAGUCGCGGAUAAAGAUAUACAUAGAUACUAUCUUCCGAACCAACAGAUUAUGAGCAGAAGUUUUCACUUUUUUGUUAAAACGAACCAUCAUGUUUAAAUCUAAUCAACAUCCUCACUUUCCAGCAGGAGGAGUUCACGGACACCAGCAGAACUACACACUUACGCUGGAGGCCAAUCCGUACCGCACGCCGGCACGCAUGUCAGGCGAUGCGAGUGAUCGGGUUUUGCCUUAGAUGUGGAUGCGUUCUGGAGUUGGGAGCUGACCCGAGUGAUCGCGUUGUACCUUCGUUUGAUGGAGGGCAUACUUUUCCCUUGCGGAGAAGAAGAAGAAGAAGCUUAUUAAGCAAAAGCAUGAGCAUCCUUAUUCGACGCUCGUGCUCUAGUACUUAACCUCAAGGUAAAAAAAUAUUGUAGGAAGUUAAGCCGUGAGAGAACACUUAAAAAUCUUAAAGGACUUUGGCACAAAGGACUUCGGUACUGGGCCUAUGACCAUCUAAAGAUGAAGAGACAUAAACAUAAUGACCCACUUGAAGUUUACAGCAUUUCUAAGCUUCUUCCACUUUUCGUCUAUUCAUUCUAGCUCUGAUGCAAGAACUUCGCGAAAAGUGACUAUAGAUGAUGCAUUUUUUUGCUGAAACUACAUAAAAGAUUAGGUACAUGUAGAACAACAAGUACAAGCAUGAAGAUAGGACUACUGAAGAUGUGAAUAUCAGGACAUCUGCUGAACCUGAUUUAGUACUAGAAUUUGAUUCACUCCCAGGUGGUAAGGGGUUGAUACGUAGAAUAGAUAUAGUGCAAAAAAGAGAUAGAAUAAGAACUAUUGUCGACAUCGACCACGACUGCAAUAUUUGCUUCUGCGGCCUCGGAGCAUGAUGGAGCUUGAUAAAUUUACCUUAAGAAAGUAUGAUGUGAAUGUGAUCAAAUGUCAUUAUAUCGAUAGAAUCUACCAAGAAGAAAGGUACUCUUACGAACAAGUUAAGAUAUUGCAAUCACAAUGUGUGUGCUAUCUGAGUGAAGACGGAUUGUUUGGAGGUCUUGUAACGGAUAAAAGAGACGUCUUCGGAGGUCUUCAUCCUCUACGGUGACUUGCUUCAGAGAUACCCCUUGGGCGAAGAAGCGCUUCCGAUUUUUCCUUUGAAGAUGGCGUCGGUUCCUUUA